AUGCCAGACUACGACGAAGAUAUGCUCCCUCCGCCCGCCUCAGGCUCUCAGCAGGAUCGCACCUGGGGCGGUAACAAUGCUUUUCACAACUUCUUUAACGACUUUUCUCAUAUCUCUGACCCAAAUCUUCGCCGCCGUCUUGCUUUGUCUGAGAUCGACAAAGUCCCUUUUGGUGCAUACCACGUUCGCGCUGUUCUAGUUGCAGGCGUUGGUUUCUUCCUGGAUUCUUACGACAUAUUUGCCAUCAACCUUAUCACCAUCCUCCUCGGUGUUGUAUUUUGGGGAGAUAAAAAUCCUCAAAACGGUUUCAGUGGCAAUGACGGAUACCUUCCUGACCGAGUCAACCAGGCUUUCAAAGCCUCCACGAGCGCAGGAAUCGUAGUGGGUAUGAUCGUCUUCGGAUGGCUAGCAGAUGGUUUUGGUCGGCGACGUAUGUAUGGUGUUGAACUGGGUAUUAUUAUCCUAGCAACACUUUGCUGUGCUCUUAUCUCCUCCAGUCCGGCGAUGGGAUCGACUGGACUGCUAAUAUUCUGGCGCAUCAUUAUGGGUAUUGGCAUCGGCGGAGAUUAUCCUCUUUCAAGUGUUAUUACAUCUGAGUUCGCACCAACGAGGUGGCGUGGCGCCAUGGUUGCUGCUGUAUUCUCUAUGCAGGGACUCGGGCAAUUGGCGGCUGCUAUUGUUGCUUUGAUCACCACUGUUGCAUUCAAGGACGCUUUUAAUGGUGCUGCAGACGAGAGUCAAUGCGGAUACGAUUGUCGAUUGGCUGCUGACCGAGCAUGGCGAAUUAUCGUCGGCGUGGGUGCCAUUCCUGCCUGCUUUGCCCUCUAUUAUCGUAUAACAUUACCGGAAACACCUCGAUACACAUUCGAUGUUGAACACGACAUUGAGAAGGCUGACGCCGACAUCAAAGCCUAUGUGGCCAGCAAAUCCAAGGGCUCUUUCGAUGUUGUUCAUCAGGUCAAGACCAAGCGCAUAGCUGGGCGCAACCUUAAUGUCCCUCGCGCGUCUUGGUCUGAUCUUAUCUCUUUCUUCCGACAAUGGACCAAUUUCAAGAUGCUGCUGGGCACAACUCUGUCUUGGUUCUUUCUGGAUCUUGCGUUCUAUGGCCUGGGCCUGAAUAACAUCUUUGUCCUCCAGGCAGUGGGCUAUGGUGCUGGCAACACACUUUUCGAGAAGCUUCAUAACCAAUCGGUGGGAAUGAUCAUUCUGACUUGUGCCGGCUCACUCCCUGGCUACUGGACUGCCAUUCUUACCGUUGAUACCUUUGGCCGCAAGCUAUUACAGAUCAUUGGCUUUCUCCUACUUACCAUCCUAUUCUGUGUGCUCGGAUUCGCAUACAAUAACCUAUCACAGGGAGGCUUACUUGCGCUAUACAUCAUCGGCCAGUUUCUCUUCAACGCUGGGCCGAAUACGACCACUUUCAUCGUUCCUGGCGAAUGCUUUCCCACUCGAUAUCGAUCGACCGGCCAUGGCAUUUCAGCUGCUAUGGGUAAAAUUGGCGCUAUAGUGGCUCAGGGUAUCAGCAUCCCUAUGGUACGCCAAGGAGCACUUGAAGGGUGUCAAGGUACUGAAUGCACACCAAACAUGCAUCGUUUGCUUCAGCUCUUUGCCCUUUUCAUGCUGUUCGGUACUUUUGUCUCGUUGUUAAUUCCGGAAACUAAGGGCAUGACGUUGGAGGAGCUCUCUGGGGAACCCCGAACAAGCUACAACUCAGGAUGCAAUGGUAGUAUAAGUCUCGGGUCACCAAAGCUUAGGGCAUGGAACCCUUUCCACGGAGGUCAGCCUGCAGGAUUCUCGUAUCCCAGAUCCAGAAUGAGACAGUUCCGAAAUAGCGAUCGUGUGGGCAUCAUGACAUCGCCGGAGCUUAUGGCCGAAACAUCCCGACUCCGAAAAUCCCGUCUCUGGAGGAGACACCGUAAGGCCAAGUCGAGCAGUGGUACGGAUAUUGCUUUGAGUACUCGAAGUUCCGGUACAGCAGACGACGAAAUCUUCCCAGCAGGUGCCCCUGCGCCUAUAUCGACUAGUCCUCCUCCGCCGCCACCGCCAAGUUGGGGGGCUGGUUGGGGACGGAUAGACAGGGGAGGACCCCCUCCGUUGUUGAAUUCUGUUCAGUUGCAGGAUGUUGGCAGCCUGCUUACAAAAUGA